AUGGCCUUCUCAAAUCUCUCGGUGUCUUUGUUUGCUGACCCUGACCGGCUGAUGGCCGAGCACCUGGCCAAUCGACUGAGCUCCCUAGAGAAGUUCGUGCUGCAGAUUCAUAUGAGUCUUCGCAGCUGUACAGAGUGGAUACACUUGCAACGUUGCAGCAUAGUGGCACUUGUGCUUUUGUGCAUAUCCACACUUUUGUGCAUAUUCCACACAGUGGCGCUUGUGUUUUUGUGCAAAUUCAAUCCGUACGUAUCCUUGCACCAUCCUGUCGAGCUGCCUCUGCAAGCGCCAAAUGGCAGCGAAGAGACUUUGGCGCGACAAAGCUCCGGUUUCGCAGGAACUUCGAGUGAUGUGCCAAAUCAAAGAAGCAGCGCAGUUGGGCAACCUGACCUCGCAGGCCGCAGUGUCCCACAAGACAUGCCAGAAGACGCGGGCGUUGGGCAUGAGUUUAACAGGUAUGUCUUGUCCAUUGGCUGUGAUGAUUAUGGUGACCUAAGGGCUACAGCUGCCUACAACUGGGCGAGAGAUCUUGCAUCCCCGGUGCAAGAUGCAGAUCUGAUUGACGAGGCCUUCGAAAAGAUUGGAUACACGUGCGCAUGCCGACUGCGGAACGUUACACGCGAACACUUUUGGGCAUCGUUCGAGAACUUCCUAGCGGGUUUGGAUUGCUCCUGCUAUGUGGUCGCUUUUUUCUUCGCUGGACAUGGCAUUGAAGCAUACCAAGAUGAGCUCUCUAGACUGGCGCUCCUGCUAAACGACUGCAGCUCGCCACAUCUUUAUUUAGAUGAAAUCCUGAAUAGGUUGCACGUGAGACUGGACGAGCUCUUACAUACGUCCAAAGAGGGCGACUCCGUCCGUCAUGCCUCGGUCCUCUUCUUCUGUGACGUCUUCUUCUGUGACAUGUGCCGUGAAGGUCCAGGAGCCAGCGUCAUAAGGGAGCGAGUCGGUAAGCUUCCGACACCGACCCGGCAACAGGCCGUGAUUUACUCCUGUCUCAGUGGUGGCCGCGCGGAAGAUUGCUCCGCCGGUGCAGGCAAGUGUGGACACCUCGCAAAGGCUCUGGCAGACACCGUCAAGGAGAACGUGCCCAACACUGUGUUCAGUGUCUACGAGAUUUUGAACCAAAAAGUGCAAGCAUCGUCUCGGCAGCGUAGGAGGAAGUUGCCGGGUCUGCAUACUCCCAUCAUUAGCAGGCAGAAGGCUGAGCUCCAUGCUGAAUCCAGAGUUCUGGAUGAUCAGUACGACAUAUUCGUGGAUGUGGAGCAGGCGCAGCAGCUGAGGGCCUGGAUGUUGAAACUGCGAUCCGAAGACGGCCGGGCUACCAUGAACUUGUGGCAAGUUCAGAGGCAGUCCGAAGACAGGGAGUUCAGGCAAAGAGUGCUAGUUGAAAGGGAUCGCUUCAUACUUCUGCAGCAUGCACAUGGAAGGACCCGACUUCAAGAAGAUCUCGAAACGCAGCAACGUGCCAAGACUUUCCAAGAGGACCGUGCAAAAAGAGCUGAAGGCCAAGUGGCUUCGGCUGAUGAGCGAGCAAAGAAAGCCGUGGAGUGUGCAGAUCAAUUUCAAGAGCAGGUUCGCGAGCAACGGCAUGCUUUUGAUGGUUUGAGGCAUCAAGCAACCGCAUUUGAGGCCCGCGCAAAGAAGCUGGAGACUGCCUGGCUGGCAGAGCUUCACCGCGCAAGUCAGGCAGAAGGUCAGUUGGACACACUAUCGCUUCAAGCGAAGGAGCUUUCCAUCAAGCUUCAGGUAUCAGAGCAGCAUGCGCAAGAGGCGGAGCUUGAUUGGGAGCGGAGAAUGCAAGAAGUGGAGCUGGCCAAGAGAAAGGCCAUGGUUCAAGUACAGACUCUGGUCAAGCAGUGUGCAAACUUGGAGCAAUCUCUUCAGCAAUCUGAACGGGAGCUGAUGAAGGAGCGGGACCAGUCAGCUUCAGCCAGUGCCCAGGUAAAGGCGGCGGCCGAGCGUGCAAAUCAGUUAGAACAUUUGCUGAUAGCCGCUCGGCAGCAGGAGGAGCAGAUGCUGGGCGAACGCAGGCGGUCAGAGGAGUGCGCUCGCCAAGCAGAAAGAGACCGAGAACAAGCUGCUAUGGCGGUGCAAGAGAUCGGGCAGCGUGCGAGUUUCGUGGAGAGAGAGAGGGAACAGAUUCAUAUGAAGAUGCAAGACGUAAUACCGCGGGUGGAGUCGGCGCAGAGACAGCGAGAGAACGCUGAAAUGAGGGUGCAGGAUGUCAUCCAGAGUGCAGACUUGGCAUACGACCUUCUGCGUGGCCAGCUUGAAGUGGAGCUUGAGAGUCAAAGACGUCGGGCUGAAAAAGCGGAGCAUGAGGCAGCCUCAGCAUGUGCCCAGGCAGGGGCUGCGAUGGAGCGUGCGAAUCAGGCAGAAAAGCAGAAGCAAGAGGCUGAAAGGCAGGAGAAGGAUUCUUUGGGCAAGCGAAGGCGAGCUGAGGAACGUGCCCAGCAUGCGGAGCAGCAGCUUGCAGAUAUGAAUGCAGUUUUUGAGCAGCAGAAGCAGGAUGCCCAACAAAUUUAUGACAUGGUUGCUAGCCGAGGUUCAGUCCCCGUGGAUGAAGUCCUGGAGACUGUGUUUCGCAACGUACUUCUCCUCCUCCUCCCCGGGCUCCGGCGCUCCUCGAGCCCCUCAGCGGCGCCUAAGACGGGCGAGCUGCUGACCGGUCUCUUUGAGGAGCUCCAGAGCAAGGUGGGCUUCCUGCAGGGGUCCGUCGGGGGCUUUGUGGGUGCCCCUGAGCUUCCCACCACGACCACCACCUCCACAGUGAACCUUGCAGAGCUUUUUCGGCAGCACGCCGGCCUCUACGAGGACAAGUCUCGUGCACCGGAGUUGGGCCACGUGCUUCUCCUCACGGCGGCCAACUCCGGGUAUGUGGACAUGCUGGAGAACUGGGAGUGCUUUGCUCGGAAGCUCGGGUUAGAUUGGCUGGUGAUCGCCAUGGACGACGAGCUGCAUCGAAGGAUGCCGAACAGGAGCUUCCCGUCCAUAGGGCAGCACUAUGAAGGCAAUGCCAACUUUGGCAGCAACGGCUUCAUGGUGGUUGCCUGCAACAAGCUACGGUCUGUACUCUACGUGCUAGCAACUGGGCUGUACGACGUGGUCUUCACGGACAGCGACAACGUCUUCAGGAGUGACCCCUUCGCGUCCAAUGUGUCACUGGGGAGCCUGAUGCGCGCCGGGACCUAUGACUACGUCUACGGGGUGAAAUUCCUGCCUCCUGGCAUCAAGCCCGGCGAUCAUUUCGGCGAAAAGAGUGAGCCGAACAAGGCCAACACAGGCUUCUACUAUGUCGCAGGCCGGCAGAAGCCUCGCCUUGUGACGAAGAUUUUCAACAUCAGCGUCGACUGGUGCGAUCGGCGGCCGCACCUCGAUGACCAGGAGAACUUCUGGGACUCCCUCGUGGUAAGCCGACAGAGGAAGAAGCGCAAUCCGGAGUACGUGGGCUGCUUCCAGCACUGUGAGAGCACGGCCUGCGCGUCCGAGCCGCCCGAGCAGACCUUCACGUACUGCCUCAUGAACCCUUUUGAGAACGUCCUGGGCUGCGUCAACCCCGAGAUAGCCCUGAAAGAGCCGUUCCAGAUGAUAACGUACCACGCCACCCACGUCUUCGGGAAGACUGCGAAGCAGCACAAGCUGCGGCGAGCGCAGCUCUGGGAUCCAUGCUGA